AUGAGGAGCUUGCUGUCUCCGUUCCGGAGCUCCAAGAGAGGCAAAGAAAACAAUGGGGUUGAAACUCCGUCACUGAAAAGCCCAACUCCCAAGAGACCUGCCAGAUUUCAUUCGCCGCCGCUUGUCCAGAAUGCUCUGAACAAAAGUCCGACGCAGCAACAAGUUUCUCGAUCACUCUUUGGCAGUGCCGAACAAAUCGUAGCCCCGGAAUUGAUCAAUGAGAAACCUGCAACUCGAGAUGCAUCCACCCAAACAAUCAACGUACCUGCUUUGAGCUUUGAGGAUGAGCUAGAUCGGAAGGAUCCCGGGAGGGAACUGCAGUUGCUUGUUUCAAGGACUCUCCAUGUACUCGCCAACAACCAAAAAAGCAAGCAUCUGGCCAAGCUUUCUCUUCGGAAUCGGGUGGAAAAAUACUUCAGACUUCCAAAUUCUCGAACGCGUGCAGCGAAGGAUUUGACAAAGCAAGCGACACAACAAGCAGUGGCCCAGAGUAAACUUCUUGGUGAGCUGUUUGAACAUCUCUUCACGAGCAAUUCACAAGCUACCAGAGCUCUUGAUUUGGUUGCUCCAACCUAUGACUUUGCUGUGAUUCCAGAAGCCACCACGAGCAGCAUGACUAUUGCACAAGCUGUGGCAUUUCGAGAUCGUAUUCCAACAACCACAAAUGGUCUCUACCGUGCUGCCACUGGACUUGCGGAUAUUCAACCUGUUGUGGGGAAGCUGCUCUUUCAAAAACAGCUUAAGCUCAGAGUGAAAGAAUAUGAACGCUGCAAUCUGGAGAUUACUCUUGGCUACGAAAUGGUUCCACUAGAAAUGGGAGGCGAGAAGAAUCUUUCGAAGCCAUGCUUGCAUGUUUGGGUGAAAAACCCACCAGUCAUCAUUGAAGGGCUUACCAAGAGUGCGCUCGUCUCUGGAAAAUUCCGAAACUCGAGUGAUAUCUCAAAACACAACAACAAGAUAAUGGUCGUUCAAGGCUCCGACAAAGGAGGCUGUCUCACAGUCAAUCUACUCAGAAUCGCCAACAGAAUCGAUGGCAAUGCUCCUGCAUAUUGCUUUCCUACGGCCUUCUAUGAAGACGCAAGAGAGAGCUAUGCGAAUCUUGCCUCCACUAUCUUGAGCGAAGGAAAACCAACAAAACAGUUUCUCCAACACUUGGUGAGCGGCUUGUUCCAUCUACUGACUGUUGCAGUCAGGGUGAAAGAUGAAGUUGUCGAUGUUGAGUGCUUGUGUCUCCACUUCAUAGGUGUGAGUGCUCUUGGAGACGAUCUACGGCUUGCGACUCAUCUCGAACAAGAUGCAGACUAUCGUGAGCUUGCAAACGAGACGGAGGCAAAAGCCCGAGAGCAGCCAGCAACGAUUCAAUUGCAAGAUUGUCACAGGGCUCGAUAUGAGUUGGCAAUUCGACUGGUUGCAAAGGAGAAGGAACGCAACGGAAGAAACAACAGCGCCACACCCACAACCAAAACAUAUAUUGGAUUCCAGCUCUAUCAGAUUGUUCCAGGUGCUGCACGCUCAAUGGUGCACAUGGCAAGGUUUGCAGAUGAACUUGUUCUCCCAUCGAAGGGUGCACUAGAAUUCAAUAUUGCUGGCAUCCUUUGUUUCACAUCGGACGACUUGAAGUUGAAUACUUGUGUCCAUGGGCAAGGCACCGCUUCAAGCAAACACCCUUGUCCGAUCUGUAUAGCAGACAAACAUGGCUUCCUCUCAUCACUUGUUGAUCCAUCCAAGCCACAUCCCCUCCGCAAAGGGCAGUACGACAAUUUUAAGCUCUAUGAAAACUUCGAAUCCGAGGCCAAAAGUCGAAAAACAAAGAUUGCGUCUACCUCUGACAAGGCAUCGAUGGUGCAUAAAACCAAGGCCAAGAGUGUCGUUCAUAAGCCUCUUCUGGUAACACCACCAGAUUUCAACGCUGGGGCAUCAAUGCACGUGUCUCAAGGCUUGAUGACACACUUGACGAAAGCAAUGCUAAAUCUCUUGAAGGCCAUCGACCGAAAGGCACACUGGCGGAAGCAACUCACAGUCAUUAUAAAGGACGCCAAGAACAAGCGUCCUUGGCUAGAAAACAAGCUAAACGAUCUCUACAAGUGCGAUCGUCAGUACGAAAGGAAGAUCAAGGAAGCGACUCAGUGGUGCAACAACAACAGUGUUCCCGGUGUUGUUCGGCAGAAAUGGAUCGCGACGCAGCAGCAGUAUCACGAAGAGAGAGAAAGCUUUGCAAAAGAUAAUGCAAUUGCUGCUUGGGCUCACGUGCAACAAUCCGCAGCCCUUUUCGUUGAUAAAGGGGAGAAGUUCCUGAAAGAUUCUGGAUCAAGACCGGAAGGGGAGGCGAGCUACAUGUUUCUCCAAUCUUACCAGAUCGAUUGUGGUGUGCUCUUUCGAGUUGAAAACUCUGGCAUUGAACUGACCAACGCCAAUGGAUUCCGUGUUCUUGCAAGAGCAGACGCUAUAGCUAAUCGUGUCGACACAGCAUAUAGCAACAACCCAUCGCUUAAUAGCGAGGCGAAAGCAAUAAUGUCAACUUGUUGGAGGCCGAUGGCGAAGUUGCUAUUGGAGAUCUCUACCCUUUUAAAGCGGCAAGACAAACUCACCAUUGAAGACAUCUCUCGACUGAAGGAAUGCUCUACUCAGUAUGGCAAGCUCUGGACCCAACUUCCAAGCAGCACAGGAGGUGGGAGCGAACCAAGAGUGUUCAACAAGCUCCACACGUUGGUGGACCACAUCACCUGCUUCGCAGAAAGGCACGCUUGCGUUGGUUUGGUCAACGAAGAAGGAUUUGAAGCGACGCACCCAAGGCUUCAUACGGUAUCCAGCCAUCUGAAGUGCAUGGUGUCGACAUCUGCACGGGCGGAGAAGAUCGUACAAAGACUGUCGUUGGGUUUGAACGAUGAGUAUCAGGAAGCUGCAGUCGAUCUAAAAGAGGCUCGUCUCCACCCUGAACUUCAGAACAAGCGUGGUGGUAAGAGCGACCUUGCACGAAAGCUGGACGACUCUAUUGCUGUGCGUUCCGUGGCUGAUUUGGAGAUGCUUCCAAAGGAGCUGGCACACGUACUGGGAGGGACUGUUGUGCUGAAAGAAUGGAAGGAGUAUUAUGAGUAUCUUGUGUGUGGCCGUGUUCCUGCAGCUUUCUCAGCAAUAUUCCAAUCAGAUCCGUCGCUCGGAAGCGUGCAGAAGAUCAAAUCAGAGUUUGUUCAUAACCAUUGA